AUGGCGUUUAUAAAGAAGAUAACAGUUUGUGUUUUAAUUCUUGCUCUUUACGCCGUAUUUUUUCACGUAGAAGCGAAUGAAUGCUAUUCCGACUAUAGCUGUCCGUCUUCACAAUAUUGCUGUUCAAAAAAAUAUUCUUUUCAAUGGAAUAUUUGUUCGUACAGUUGCGUUGGUUUGUCUUGUAGCUACGAUAGCAACUGCGCACCGGGUGAAUCUUGUUGUGAAUCUAAUGAUAAAUGUGCCUUAAAUUGUAUUGGAGAAUCGUGUAGCUACAAUAGCGACUGCGCAUCUGGUGAAUCUUGUUGUGAAUCUAAUGACAAAUGUGCCUUAAAUUGUAUUGGAAAAUUUUGUAGCUACGACAGCGACUGCGGAUCGGGUGAAUCUUGUUGUCAAUCGAAUUAUAAAUGUGCCUUCAAUUGUAUUGGAGAAUCAUGUAGCUACGAUAGCGACUGUGCAUCGGGGGAAUCUUGUUGUCAUUCUGAUGGCGUGUGUAAAACUGGAGGAUGUAACAAGAGUAAAGGUUGGCCUGGUUGGCUUUUUGCAAUAAUUAUCAUUACCACUGUUGGUUCGUUCAUCCUUUUCCUAGCCUGUGUGAUAUACCGCCGUUGUUACGCGCCCUCGAGACGACGUGCUCUUGGAGGUGUUAUUGUAGUACAACCUAUGAACACUGGAGCUACAGUCUUUGCACCCCAACAGAAACACUAUGGAAUACAGCAACAAGGCCAACCAAUGUUCCAAUGCUCUCAACCUCAAGGAACAGCCUGGCCACCACCAGGGCGACAUGCAACGACACCAACUUACUGA